AAAUAUGUUAUGGAGCAUUCUAGUCUGAUAGCGUCAAGCCACAGUUAUUAAGUUUAUGAAAAGACCGUUUGUUAGCAACCGUUUUCUUUAGCUAUCCCGCUAAUCUGCCUAUGAAUGUAUUUUUAAGAUUACAUCAAUCUUCAUAGUUUCUCACUGUUGACAACUCUGUCUGGGUUUGCAUAAGUGCUACUGGUGAUUUUUUUAGGCAUUGUACAUAGUUUACAUGUUAUUUGGCUAGCUAGUUGGCUAAGCUAAAAUGACAUGUAUUGUAUUCCAAGCUUGCUGAUGUCAUCACUCUGCAAGUCAAAGGACAUUUCUAUGUCCGAGACUGUGUGGAGGAAAGAUGGAAAACACGGGCUAUUGCAGCGAGAGCUUCAACAGCCUCCAGAGUGGGACCAGCGAUGAGGAUAUGGUGGAGAUCGCCGGAGCAACGCUGGACUUCUCCAGCACAGAUGACGUGCCUCCUCUGGACCGGGACUUUUGCUCGGGUGGUUCAUAUGGAGGUGUAGACGGGCCCAAUGGGGUUCCUAAAUUGAUGGAUUUGCUAGAUGAGCCGGUGCCUGGGGUGGGCACGUAUGAAGACUUCAACACUAUUGAUUGGGUCCGAGAGAAAUCCAAGGAUCGGGAUCGCCAUCGAGAGAUUGCUACUAAGAGUAAAGAGUCAACCUGGGCUUUGAUGAAGAGUAUCAGUGAUGCUUUCUCUGGCUGGCUCCUCAUGCUGCUCGUAGGGCUGAUGUCAGGUGCGCUGGCUGGUGGGAUUGACAUCUCUGCUCAUUGGAUGACCGAUCUAAAGGAGGGUGUGUGUCUAAAUGGCUUCUGGUUCAACCAUGAGCACUGCUGCUGGAACUCUAAUGAGACCACUUUCCAGGAAAGAGACAAGUGCCCUAACUGGAAAAGCUGGGCUGAGCUCAUUGUAGGUACCAAUGACGGGCCUUUCGCUUACAUCAUGAAUUACUUGAUGUAUGUCUGCUGGGCUCUGCUUUUCUCCUUCCUGGCUGUGUCGUUGGUCAGGGCCUUUGCCCCCUAUGCAUGUGGCUCAGGAAUACCUGAGAUCAAGACCAUACUGAGUGGGUUUAUCAUCAGAGGUUAUCUCGGUAAAUGGACCCUUAUGAUUAAAACCAUCACCCUUGUGCUGGCCGUGUCAUCUGGUCUCAGUCUGGGCAAAGAAGGGCCUUUAGUCCAUGUGGCCUGUUGUUGUGCAAACAUCCUAUGUCACCUCUUCACCAAGUACCGCAAGAAUGAGGCAAAGAGACGAGAGGUAUUGUCUGCUGCAGCAGCUGUUGGUGUGUCAGUAGCUUUUGGCGCCCCUAUCGGUGGUGUUCUCUUCAGUUUGGAAGAGGUAAGUUAUUAUUUCCCUCUGAAGACGCUGUGGCGCUCUUUCUUUGCUGCGUUGGUGGCUGCUUUUACCCUUCGCUCCAUCAACCCGUUCGGUAACAGCAGGUUGGUGCUGUUCUACGUGGAGUUCCACUCUCCGUGGCACCUUCUAGAGUUGAUACCCUUCGUCCUAUUGGGUAUAUUCGGAGGAAUCUGGGGUGCCUUUUUUAUCCGCGCAAACAUCGCCUGGUGUCGGCGACGCAAGACCACACGACUAGGCCAUUAUCCGGUCCUUGAGGUGCUGGUUGUUACCGCGAUUACGGCUGUGCUGGCGUUUCCCAACAGCUACACUCGUAUGAGCACCAGCGAGCUGAUCUCGGAGUUGUUCAACGAUUGCGGCCUGUUGGAUUCCUCGCAGCUCUGUAACUACGCCAACAUCAGCGUUACCAAGAGCAGCAGUAACUCUCUUCCCGACAGGCCGGCGGGGCAUGAUGUCUACACGGCCAUGUGGCAGCUGGCACUGGCCCUGGUCUUUAAGUUGCUCCUUACUGUGGUGACAUUCGGCAUGAAGGUACCUUCAGGUCUCUUCAUUCCCAGUAUGGCCGUAGGUGCGAUUGCAGGCAGGCUACUCGGUGUAGGUAUGGAGCAACUUGCUUAUUACCACCAUGACUGGAUCAUCUUCAGAGGCUGGUGCUCACCUGGAGCAGACUGCAUCACCCCAGGCCUCUACGCUAUGGUGGGAGCUGCUGCCUGCUUAGGUGGUGUGACCCGUAUGACGGUUUCCUUGGUGGUCAUCAUGUUCGAGCUCACGGGUGGUCUGGAAUACAUUGUGCCUCUAAUGGCCGCCACUAUGACUAGUAAAUGGGUGGCAGAUGCCCUGGGUCGAGAGGGUAUCUACGAGGCCCACAUCCGUCUUAACGGAUACCCCUUCCUGGAGUCCAAGGAGGAGUUCAGCCACAAGACUCUGGCCAUGGAUGUGAUGAGACCUCGACGUAGCGACCCGCCUCUCUCCGUGGUGACGCAGGAUGGGAUGAGCGUGGAGGAAGUCGAGGCGCUCAUUGCUGAAACGUCGUACAGUGGUUUUCCUGUGGUGGUCUCGCAUGAGUCUCAGAGGCUUGUGGGAUUCGUGCUGCGCAGGGAUUUGAUUAUCUCUAUUGAUAACGCUCGGCAGCGUCAGGAGGGUGUGGUUAGCCCUUCCAAAAUCUUCUUCACUGAAUACACACCUCCACAACCGCCCAACAGCCCUCCCCCAUUGAAGCUUCGUGGCAUCAUGGAUCUGAGCCCCUUCACCGUUACCGACCACACCGCCAUGGACAUCGUGGUGGACAUAUUCCGCAAGCUGGGCCUGCGCCAAUGUCUCGUCACUCACAACGGGCGUUUACUGGGUAUCAUCACCAAAAAGGACAUUCUGAAACACAUGGCCCAGAUGGCCAACCGAGACCCUGACUCGAUUCUCUUCAACUGAACUGCCAAACUGGCUGUUUGAUAUCACCAGUUUGAAACCAUGUGUUGGGAAGAAACCAUCAGUCUGAAAUGAUUUGCACUACAGAACUGUCAGUACUGGAUUAGUGUCCAUUCACACUGUGAAAACCAUUUUGUUGAGCCUCACUGGUGCAGGCACUACAAAACUUACAGAAGCAACACGUUUCUAUGCACUCCAGCGCAUUGGGACCCAGUCAAAUCCGAGCGCACCCGAGUACUGGUCUGUGCAAGUAACCAACCUAUCAUAACAUAUCAAGACUUACAUUACAGGUAAAGAAUAAAGAGUAAGCUCAGACUAAAUCAA